AAGCUAUGCUAAACUGUUUUUUUUUUUUUUUUUUUCUUGCCUGUGCAUUGUUCUGAGGUACUUUUUAUCUCUAAUUAUAAUCACUGAUGAGAACUGCUGCUCUGAGGUUUCGGUUAAAGUCUUUCUCUGUCACUUCCUCUCUGAUUGGUUCUGUUGUUCAGGUCGAUGAGGUUUGACUUCAUUUUAGCUUCGUCACCUUAGUCGGAUACACAACUUCCUUGAACCAGUCCUCAGGAACCAACAAGAUGAACAACAGUGAGUGCCGUGAUGUGGUCGUCAUGUCACAGACUCAUGCCUUGGCUGUGGUCUACAGCCUGGUGUUCCUGGUCGGUUUGCUGCUCAACGGUUUCACCCUGAAGGUUUUUUUCUGCAGAUCUCAGCAGCAGCAGAGGUCGAGCAGCCUCAGCAUCUACCUGAAGAACCUGGUGGCUGCAGACUUCCUCACCUGCCUCUGUCUGCCCAUCAGGAUCAUCAACUAUGAGAGCAGCUCCGUCCCCGUCCAUCAUGUCUUCUGCAGCUUCGGAGCCUCCGUCUUCUACCUCAACAUGUACGCCAGCAUCCUGUUCAUCGGGUACAUCGCAGCCAACAGGUAUCUGAAGAUUGUCCAUCCUCUAGGAACCCACGUCCUGCAGAAGGUCCGAGCCGCUCGCAUCCUCUCCAUGGUAACCUGGGGUUUUCUCCUGGCCAUGACAGCCACCUACAUCCUGAUGUCUCACCUCAGCCAGGGACCACAGGACUCCGACAUAGUGAGCUGUGAGGCCAUGCACAAUGAACAUCUGAGCGUCCUCUACAAAGUCAUCCACUCCUGCUCCGCCGCCGUCUUCCUGCUCGUCCUCGUGUCUCUGGUCUUCUUCUACUACAGAAUCUCCCGCCGCCUGUCGCAGGCCCAGCAGAGGCAGCCGGCGUCCUCCGGCUCCAAGAAGCUGGAAAAGUCUCAGAGGAACAUGCUGGUGCUGGUCAGCGUCUUCUGCGUUUGCUUCAUCCCCUACCACCUGGUCCGCAUCCCCUACGCCUUCAUGGAGGGAUGGCACUGCUUGGAGAGCCUGGAGAUCCUGAAGAGGUUGUCCAUCAUUCUGUCUGUCCUCAACGUCUGCCUGGACCCCCUCAUCUACUUCAUUUUCUGUAAGACCUUCCGGGCUCAGCUGAACCUGAGAAGAAUGUUUUCUGUCAGACCACCACGUUCUGACGUCAUCAACCAGCCCUCAUCGUCUUCAGGAACCAGAGCUCCUCAAGAUCUUGAUUGUACCUCCACUUCGUGUCCAUGAAUGGGACUGAAGACAAGGACAUAGAUACUUUGGUCAGUACCCCAUA